UAAAACAUUGCAGUCCCAAGCCUUGAGGCUGAGCGUGUGCCUUGAUCGCUACUCCAUCUGUGUUGAGAAGAGUGUCCGCAUUGUGCAUCUCUGCCGGCUGCUGACCAUAUUAACUUGCGUCAGCAAGGCGUGUGGACUAGUUCGCAGAAGAAUAAGAAGAGGUAUGGAGGUUAGGGUGGCUGUGUUCUUCGUGAUAUCAGUUCUUGUUUCCUGCGCCUCUGCAGCCUGGAUUGACAGAGGAGGUGAGUUUCCCAGCUGGGAUUGCCCGAAAUGUAAUGAGGAGCAAUGCCCCAAGCCGGAAGAAGAUUGCCCCCAGGGUCUAGUGCCCGAUAUUUGCGGCUGCUGCCUUCAUGGGUUGUGUGGACUCGCUGAGGGAGAGAAGUGUUUCAACUCUUCUCUGUCAGCUGUUCUGCCUCCAGAGGCCAUUAAGUACGGUCAGUGUGGGUCAAAUCUGCACUGUCUUCUGCGACCAGACCUCACUUCCAGGGAUGAGCCAGAAGCUCUGUGUUUCUGCAAGGAGACACAAACUGCAUGUGGUAUGGACAACAGGACAUAUGAAUCUGUUUGCCAAAUGAAUGAGGCAAGUGUGAAAGGUGGCAGUGCUAUAUACUUGAAACACUGGGGACCCUGCCACUCUGCUCCAUGGGUCACCUCAGGCCCUGAAGAUGUGGCUGGUUCUCUGCAUCAAGGUUUGGCACUGGAUUGUGAGGUAAAGGGCUACCCUAUACCUGGAGUUCAUUGGGAGUUCCAGGCAGACAGUGGCAAUAUCAGAGUUCUUCCUAGUGAUGAUCUAUAUGUGGCAGUACAAGUCAGGGGUGGACCAGAGCCUUUUAUGGUCACAUCAUGGGUUCAGAUAGUGGAUUUGAGGCCCACAGAUACUGGCAUCUACACGUGUGUAGCAACUAACUCUGAAGGAGAGGCCCGUGCUUCAGCCAAAGUUGGUGUCAGAGGUUGAGUUUGGUAAUCUCAGCACUGCACUACACCUUUCAUGUACCUCAGUCAUCAUUUGCUUAUAUCUUGUAACAGCAGUCAGUUUUAGAGGGUACCUGAUGUUAUUUUCAUAAUACAGUAAUAUCUUUUUAGCUUAGAUUGUGAUAGUAAUAUUAACCCUUUCACUGUUGGUGAAAGAAAAUUAUCAUCUGAUUGUCAGAAUUUACAUAUCCAUGCAAUGCUUAUUUUUGAACAUUACCUUUCAGAUUCAUUCUGUAUCUGUGGUACUGAUACCCUGUAUGCCUUAUUUUGCUGUAGAAUUUCUCAAAGCAAGAGAGAAAUCAAUCUAAUGACACUCACAGACCAUAAUGCUCAGUACAAUUUUCUGUGGAAUACAGGUUUUCCACCCAUAACAGUUACAGGGUUAAAGAUCAUGGAAGUGUAAUAGCUUCAGAUCUGCAUUUGUAGGAUUCUUUAAAUAUCACAUUAAGAAGCUAACUUUAUAAUACCAAAAAAUAUUAGGGUCUACAGCUGAUGACUAGGUGUUCGUGCCUGUGUUCAGAGACCGGUGAACAAACUUCUUAACAGUAUAUUUAAUGUGUUGUGCAUAAACAGAAGUGGAAUUUAAUUAUCUAUGAAAUUAUAAUGUUCGAACUUUUUUUUUGUAAUGAGAGAUUUUAUGGAUUAGAGAAUGAUGGAAACACAGAGAAAAGAAGCUUGAGUGGAAGAAAUUGCAAAUACAUUGACUGCCAAAAAUCCUUUUCCAUAAUGGAAUCAGUUUUCACAAAUUUGUCAGAUGUUAAUUUUGGAGCUUAAUUAGAUCUGCCAAGAUUUCUUCUAUAAAAAAUAUAGGUUUAAAUGAUUUUAUAAGCAUGAGAAGAUGGUUUACAUCUAAAAAGUUAAAAUUUGAUGUAGGGGUUAAUUAUAAAGAUCUCACCUUCAAGGCACUAGAAACUGAUGUACGGCCUGAAAUUGUUAUUUGAAACCAAUUUUAAUUUUUAUGUGUGUCACCAUAGUCUGGGAACUUUGGCAGAGCAGAUGCAGAGCAGAUGCAGAGCAGAUUUACUCUGGAACUAUGAACCUUAGAGUCCAUAUGCAAACUUCAAGCAUGAGAGGUCUAAGCAAAUGGAAACAAAAGCAUAGCAUAAAUGCUGAAAACAAAUUGGCAUGUGAAGAACAGCAGCUAGUUCAUGUAUUAAAUUGUGAUAAAUAUUAAGCUUCUAAGAAACCAAAGUGUAUAUGUAUAACAAUGUAAGUUAUACAAUAUGUUAUGGUUGGUUAAAAUCUGUAAUGUGAACAAAGGAAUUAUAUUUGUAAGAAAUCUGUCACAGUGA